GCUGCCCGCGGUGGGCGGGGGCUUGAUGCGAAAACUAUAAGGUCAUUUGAAUUACGACAACGCGAGGGCUUCAUCAAGCAACAAUGAAGCUAGAAAACAUCGCGCAUCGGCAUAAUGGACGAAUGAUGCUCGCCGGGUCAAAGUCGACACGCUCAGCCAGGCCAAUCGGAACGGAGGCGCUGUGCUAUUAACAAGAGGGAGGAAGAUCCCCGGUGCGCGUAUUCGUUUCCGUGCGUCUCAAGCGGCCGUGCGCGAGGCGGAGGAGGAGACCAGCAGCAGGCUGGCCUGUAAGCCGAUCAAGAAGCUUCGCGUCUGGGAUUUCUUUUUUUUUUGGCAUAUUACACGCUGUGACCGGGCCAGGAUGCUGCGUUUAGCGUGUUGCACAGCCCUGCUGUUUGUCUUGAGGCUGCUGAUUGGCCUGCCCUGGUUCCAAGUCCUGCCAGCCAUCCUCAUCUUCUACCUGGGUAGCGGAGGAUGGCGCUUCCUGCGGAUUUUCGUCAAAACAAUCGGCAGAGACUUGCACGCGGCAGUGGUGCUGCUGCGGGUCAAGAUGAACGUCAAACGCCACUUACGGCAGAACAACACUAUCCCCGCCAUCUUCGCCGAGACGGUGCGUCGUCACGCCGACAAAACGGCGCUGAUCUUCGAAGGCACCGGCGAGACGUGGACCUUCCGACAAUUAGACGAGUACUCCAACCGAGUGGGCAACCUGCUGCUCCAACGCGGCUUUCAAGAGGGCGACGUGGUGGCCGUUUUCAUGGAGAACAGGUCCCAGUAUGUGGGACUGUGGCUUGGCAUGGCCAAGAUUGGAGUGGAGGCCGCCCUCAUCAACUUUAAUUUGAGACUCGAGGCCUUGGUGCACUGCGUAACCAUUUCCAAAGCCAAAGCGGUGGUGUUUGGAUCUGAGCUGACUGAUGCUGUGUCCGAGGUUCACGUUUCAAUGGGGAAGACGGUGCAGAUGUUUUGCGCCGGAGAUUGGGACCCCAAACGGGUACCUCAGGGUACCGAGUGCCUCGAGCCGCUGCUGGCCGCUGCCCCGUCGCACCUGCCCAGUCGACCACAACGCUGCUUCACAGAUCGCCUCUUCUACAUCUACACGUCAGGAACCACCGGGAUGCCUAAAGCGGCCAUUGUUGUGCACAGCAGGUAUUACCGCAUGGCCGCUCUGGUGUAUUACGGUUUCAGGAUGACGCCGGAUGACGUCUUGUACGACUGCCUUCCACUCUACCACUCUGCAGGUAACAUUGUGGGGGUGGGCCAGUGUAUAAUCCAUGGCAUGAGUGUCGUCAUCAGAAAGAAGUUCUCUGCCUCCCGUUUCUGGGACGACUGCGCUAAGUACAACUGCACUAUUGUUCAGUACAUAGGUGAGAUUUGCCGCUACCUGCUCAACCAGCCGAUACGCGACAUGGAAAAACGGCACUGUGUGCGCAUGGCGCUCGGGAACGGCCUGCGUCAGUCCAUAUGGGAGGAAUUCAUGACGCGAUUCAACAUUCCGCAGAUAGCCGAAUUCUAUGGUGCAACUGAGUGCAACUGCAGCUUAGGAAACUUUGACAACAAGGUGGGAGCGUGCGGCUUCAACAGUCAAAUUCUACCCUUCAUCUACCCCAUCCGACUCGUAAGGGUAGAUGAAGAGACUAUGGAGCUCAUCCGAGGGCCCGACGGUGUCUGCAUUCCCUGUAAACCCGGCGAGCCUGGUCAAUUGGUGGGCAGGAUCAUUCAGAAUGACCCUCUCCGCAGGUUCGACGGUUAUGUCAAUCAAUCGGCAACCAGCAAGAAGAUUGCUCAGAGUGUCUUCAAGAAGGGAGACAGUGCUUAUUUAUCCGGCGACGUGCUGAUCAUGGAUGAGUGCGGCCACAUGUACUUCAAGGACAGGACGGGAGACACGUUUCGCUGGAAAGGAGAGAACGUCUCCACCACCGAGGUGGAAGGGACACUCAGCAGGCUGCUUGACAUGAAAGAUGUUGUGGUCUAUGGGGUGGAAGUACCUGGUGCAGAAGGGAAGGCUGGGAUGGCCGCCAUCGCCGAUCCAAAUCACUCCUCUGACCUGGAAAAGUUUGUGAAGGAUCUGGACAAGGCUCUUCCUCCAUAUGCCAGGCCGGUCUUCCUCCGCUUUCUCCCAGAAGUCAACAAAACUGGAACGUUUAAAUUCCAGAAAACGGAUCUUCGACGAGAAGGCUUUGACCCUAAAGCGGUGUCAGACAGACUGUACUUCCUGGAUUCCAGCAGAGGGCGCUAUGUGCUGCUGGAUGAGGAGUUGUACCGCUCCAUACUUUCAGGGAAACAUAAAUUGUGAUAACGGAGCUUGCCUCGACAUCUCCCAACGUGUAUGUAUGCACACGCUCACACGCAAACGGAUUCAAAAAUGAAGAUUUGUGAUCAAGAUGGAAAAUUCCAGCAACUGAAAUAGCCACAUCCCCGGAGCCCCAUUUUGGAUUGCUACAACACACACAGCAGUGCUCUCCCUUCAUCCCCUGCUGAAGUCUCCCUAGCGACCCCUUUGGCUACCUCAGUUAUAACACAUACAUGAAGCCAGUAACCAGAUAUAUCUGGUAGCUUGAAACCAACCACAUUGAGUCUGUUUUUGCUGGACCGCCCAAAAAAAAAAAAAAACAGGACACACAUGCACAAACACACACUUGAAGGAUGCUGAGAGGGAUUGUGACAUCAGAGAAGUCGUCUGUCUUCUUUUUUUUUUUUUUUUGUCUUUUGACUUGCAAAAAGGCUCCAAGUGAGCUUCGUCAACUUUGGCUGACACCGGACGACAUGUGGAAAAGGCAUCAAGUGUUGUGGAGCGCAAUACUCGGAAAACACCCCGCAGGAGCUGAUGUGAUUCAAAGCGUUUUAGUCAAAUAAGUUGCACCAAAUAUUUUCUUUGUUUACAUAUUUAAUGGGAAUGUAAGUUAUUUAUGUUCGCCAUAGCCAUCAAAAAUGUCAUUUUUGUUUGACAACAUCUCUCAAGCUUUAUUUGUAUGCAGUUGUGCUGCAGAAAGUACAUUUUUUGUGAGGUUUGUUUUGUGACUCCAAAGGCGUAAUGCAAACACACUGAAACAAAAUCGUGACGUAAUGAAUUUAUAGUAUCGUUUGAAUUACAAUGAAUAAAGUUGCAAUAUAACUAGUACAUGUGUCAAAAUUACAACAAUUCUCAUUAUGGCUUUUAACAUUACGACUUAAUCUGUUCUUGCAACAUCCCAACUAAGUUCUAGGAACAAUGUGAUCUUGUUCUAGUAACAUUGCAACUUAUUUCUUGUAAUUUCACGACAAUUUACGAUAAUUAGUUUCAUUCUUGUAAAGGUACAACUCAAUUUUCAGAACCAUGCGACUUUUCCGGUCACAUUACAAUUAAUUUCUCUGAAGGUUAUGACGUUGUAACAUUCCAAAGCAUUUUUUGUGACAUUACAUUUUGUCCCCCACCCCUUGUUUUGUUUUUUUUGUUUUUUUUUUUAGUGUGGCCCAAAUACUCCUUUGUGCAUAACUGACUCUGGCAACGUAACGCUAUGCGGCUUUGUUCAGUUAGACAGCACUUUUUGUGUGUCUGUGUUUGAAGGAAACACAUUUUUAAUGAACAAGAUCCAAAGACGGUUCGAGUAGGAAAAAACUGGGAAAGUCCAAAAUGUCUUUAUUGUAUUUUUUUUUUGCAGUGUCUGUCAUCAGCGGUUGUAAAGGCAUGAAUGCGCAUCGUCAAGCAGUGCCUUACUUGUGAUUCGCAGGCCCUGACCCACUGGCAUCCAGAAAGUACAAAAUAUGAAGUGUGGUUCUCAGGGUCGCUUUUUUUUUUUUUUUUUAAUUCAGCAUCUGUCUCCAAAUGUUUUGUCCCUUUUUCUUCUUCAGGUGCACCCACCAAAACGUCCGGUCCAACUGGCUAAAUGAUCAAAUCCUUCAUGUUUAUGUUUGUAGCUCUGUUUCAUUCCUUGCUCCGUCCAGCAAACAUUUUUCCUUUUUACAUUCUUGCAACCAUAAAAAAAGAGAAGAAUGCAAACUGGAGUGGUUUCUUGUCAUGCACUUUGAGACGUGUGACAAGAAACCAAACUGCGUUUACCCAUCAGCUGAGUUUUUUUUUUUUUUUUGUCUGCUCCACUUCCUACUGGUAAUAAUAAAAAUGUAAAAAGACGGUGAUGGAUAGCAACGUUUAUCUCAUGGGAGCACUUGAGGGCUGUAAAUGAUGCUUCCAAGGGUCAACUUUGACCCAUGAAGGGGGCGCGUGACUCAAUAGCCUUACAGGAGCAGCACACUAAAAUGUAUGGUUUCCAUUUUCACAUUUUUUUAUGAUUUUAAAUUAUUAUUUCUGAGAAACUAUUAAUUAUAUUUUGAUCUGUCAAUGUUUGUGUAUUUUUCAUGUCGUCUUUGUGUGAAAUUUUUGAUUUGUGUGAUUAUUUUUUCACUGUUGGGAAGGGUUCAUGCCUAAGUGGAAGACAAUCUGCUGCAAACAUAUAUGUGUAAGAUUUCUGAAAUGGUCUCAUUUUAAGCUAAAUAGUUUUUGGAAAUUCUGUGUUGGAAUUUGACUGAAGGUGUCAUGCAGUAAAAGGGAAUGCAUGUUUUGAUUUUGAGACUUGUAGGAUAAAAAGGGGUGCUGCGUUCACAAAAAUAUCAAAUUACAGUACACUUAAUAGCCCCUUGUCACAUUCUAGUUGAAAUCACACUGGUCAUGCAAAUUGUGAGUAUUUUUGUUGUUUUCAUUUUGUUUUGUUUCAAUGAUGAGCAAUCGUUUUAGUGUUAUCGAAGGCUUGUGGAGGAGAUGUGCACUCGAGAGACCAACCUAUUAGUAUACAAACAAUUUAAAAAGUAUUUUCUUUUUCUUGUGUUGCACUGUGAUUCCAUGAGUAAAUACGAACACAUCUAAUGAUUAUAAUUUAUAGGAAAUGUCCCUCUACUGGCUUUUGAUUGGCCUUUUUAAAUGAUCGGAAUCAUCUGUAAUAUAUAUUCACCGUUUGUGUUCAUCAUCCAACACACAAUUUAAAAUUGAAAAGUGAUUUAAUACAAUCUGCGAAACUUCAGUACAAACAUUUUGAAGAACUACUGUACUGUAUAACAUGUUUAUGUAGCACUCUUGUCUCUCUACCCCAAUCAACACGUCCCAACCUUAUUCUUGCACUUUUUAUUUUUCCCCCAUUAAUGACAUGAAGCGAUGCUAGAGAAAGGAAAAAAAAAUUGUACAUGAGUGCUUUAAAGCUUUUUUGUUUAUUUUGUUUUGAGAUAUGAUGUCCCUGCACAGGUGGCAGCUCUCAGCUCACGCUGUGUGUGUGGAAUAUAAAAGGUGCGUGAAGUGUGCUGUGUGUCUGCGACACACACAUCGAUGUCCUCUUAUCCACCAUAUUGUUGCAUAUGUGACUUUCAAGCAAAUGAGAAAGGCUGUUGUGAAAAAUGAAAGAUCGUGAAUAAAACCAUGCAAAUUCUU